AUGGUGAACGGCGAGCCGGCGGGGGCGGAGUGCACGCGGGCGUCGCUGCUGGGGAGGUAUGAGAUCGGGCGGACCCUCGGGGAAGGCAACUUCGGCAAGGUGAAGUACGCGCGCCACAUCGGCACCGGCGGCCACUUCGCCAUCAAGAUCCUCGACCGCAGCAAGAUCCUCUCCCUCCGCAUCGACGACCAGAUUAGAAGGGAGAUCGGGACGCUCAAGCUGCUCAAGCACCCAAAUGUCGUCCGCUUGCACGAGGUUGCUGCUAGUAAAACAAAGAUUUACAUGGUGCUUGAGUUUGUUAAUGGUGGCGAGCUCUUCGACAAGAUUGCUAUGAAGGGAAAACUGUCUGAACAUGAGGGUAGGAGGCUUUUCCAGCAGCUAAUUGAUGGUGUCAGCUACUGCCAUGAUAAAGGUGUCUACCACAGAGACCUUAAGCCAGAGAAUGUCCUUGUUGAUAGGAAAGGAAACAUCAAGAUCUCUGACUUCGGCCUUAGCGCUCUACCACAACAUCUCGGGAAUGAUGGACUUCUGCACACAACAUGUGGCAGCCCCAAUUACAUAGCUCCUGAGGUUUUGCAAAACAGAGGUUACGAUGGCUCCUUGUCAGAUAUCUGGUCUUGUGGAGUAAUUCUUUAUGUGAUGCUUGUUGGUUACCUUCCCUUCGAUGACAGGAAUCUUGUUGUUCUUUAUCAGAAGAUUUUCAAGGGAGACUGUCAGAUCCCAAAGUGGCUCUCACCUGCCGCACAGGACCUUCUUAAAAGGAUCCUUGAACCAAAUCCGAUGAAGAGGAUCAACAUCACAGGGAUCAGAGAGCAUGAGUGGUUCAAGAAGGACUAUGUACCUGCUGUUCCAUACGAUGAUGAUGAAGACGUCGUUCCCGGUUCAGUUCUCUCGAUAAAAGAGCAAAUUGAAGAACCAGCACAAGAAAAGUGUACUCAUAUAAAUGCUUUUCAGUUGAUUGGAAUGGCUUCUUCCCUUGAUCUUUCUGGUUUAUUCGAGGAAGAGGAUGCAGCUCAAAGAAAGAUUCGGUUCACUUCAACGCAUCCACCCAAGGAUUUAUUUGACAAGAUCGAAAGUGUUGUGAUGGAGAUGGGAUUCGAAGUUCAUAGGGGGUCAAGCAAGCUCAAAGUCUUGAAGAAUAGCAAAUGUUCCAAGAACUCAAGGAAUCCGUCAUCAUUUUUGGUGUGCACUGAGGUGUUUGAGCUUGGGCCAUCAUUAUAUGUGGUAGAACUUAGGAAAUCCCAUGGGGACUCUACAUUGUAUAGACAGCUGUGCGAGAGGCUCUCGGAUGAGCUAGGGGCCUGCAAGACAGAGCAGAUUAUGAGGACUGAAUCACUGAGUGACGAUCUUUCGAGCCUCGAUGGCGAAGCGUUCCCUCUAUCUGCAUUUUGA